AGACGAUAAGUUUCUUCCAAAAGACAACAUCGUGCUGUCGCGAGACUUAGAGCUGUACAAGACAAAGGGCGAGUUGACUCAGACCUUGAUAGAUGCCCUACUCAGCCUAUAAAAAAAAUGAGGAGUUCCUGCCCCAUAAGCCAAUUCUCCUGGCUCUGAUGGAAAAGUUUGGACUGAUGGUACGGAUACUGAUUUCGGAAUCCAGUACAGGAAAUGCACGUUUCAGUGAGACGUAUUCCAUUCCCAGCAAACUUAUGGAGCUACAAAACACCGAUGGUAUGAUCACAUGCGUCAAUUACCUCAAGCUGAAAAAACUUGCUGUCUCAAAAACCUUAUGUCUCAUAUUCCAUGAUGUCUUUGUACCAGAAGAGCUGUUCCACAGAGUUUUUGCCGCAAUCAUGAAGACUUACAGAUCAGCAUCACUAUUAGCAACACACGUAGGAGACGAUCUAAGGAGAAAUCUGCUGACGACAGAAGAUACAACCUGUCUUUUCAGGGGAUUUGGCUGUUUCGAGGUGAACGAUCUUUGCAGGAUGAUCGUGUCGAUGCAUUGGGAGCGGUCUACAAUUGCAGUAACAUUGUUCAGUCCUUCAGAAUCCAAACUUCCUCCAAACUCUGGACAACUUGUUAGAACCACUCUAGAGCAGAUUUUGAAGGAGACUUUGCAGAUGAGUAGCCAGCAACACUUUCAGUUCACACACAAACUGCACUGUAACUUCCAUCUUAGUCCGUACGACACUCCUGUAGAGCUCUACAGUGUCAUUCACGCAGAAGGAGGCAUGUCAUGUAAAGGAGGGGGAUGUCGAGGAAAACACCGACUGAAGAAAUCAGACCUGUUGUUUUGGGGCAUAACACAGUUUACCGCAAAUUUACAUGGAUUAGGAUCCAGUGACGAGGCAACCUGUCUUGACAGAAGGCCGACGCCCCAAGAGCUUGGUCGUCUGUCGUACAUAAUCAAUGCGUCCGAAUGUGAGCAACUGUUCAUCGAGCUUGGCCUGUCCCUACCAGAGAUCUCGAACAUAGAGCACCAGGCAAGGGGUCUGGCAAUUGUCACUCAGAUAACCAGGAUGUUUCUGAAGUGGACAUACGCCUACCCGAAUCAAACGUUUCGUAACAUCGCAAUGGCAAUGUCGAAGGUCGACAUUGCUACGGACACUCUCGGCGUGUCCGUAGCAACUGGUUUGGAAUGUGUCAUUCUAGACGAUAUGGAAUCUAACGAGGAUAGACUCAACAGACCCCUGCUCGUCAGUGAAAUAGGGGGAAUUGUAGACAACAUAGGCAAGGAUUACUUCAACCUGUUUCUGGCGCUUGGGCUCUCUGUGCCUGACAUAGAGAAGUGCGAAGUGGAUCAGCCCAGUGUUAAACGUAGGGUGGAGACGCUGAUCAAGCUUUGGAUCAACACUUCCCGGGACCAAGCAACCGUUAUCAGGAUUGUGAAGGCAAUGAAACUGUGCAAAAUGGACUGGUACUCGACCGCCAUGGCAUACUGUGUUGGGGACGAGGAGGAGACCGGGGAAAGGUCAUGGUGGUCAUGGUGUCGAUGUGCGAUUUUGUAACGUAAGCGGAUACCCACCCAAGUCUGUGACAGAACCUUAGCGCAUUAGCGUUUACCUGUGUGUAUGAACAAAUGUCUAAAAUACUGAUUCUUGUAUAGGAAACUCCAUACAUUUAUUAACACGUGUGUAGGCCUAUCUAUUAUACCGAUACUUGUGAAAGUAACUCAAUACAUUUACUUAUACGUGAGUGUAUAUGAACUUGUAUAUAUAGACUUUAAAGACUGACGAUUUGUUAAGAGUGAUAAAGGACAGGAAACGUAAAACAAUGGAAAAGAAAAAUUGAAAAGAAAUCGCACUUUCAUGCAGGCACAGCGGAUAUGGUAAUAAAAUAGAAAAAAAAUCUACUUUUUAUUAGACAGGGAUUCAAACAUUAUGAAUACACUCAAAUUAAAUUAAAUGCAACACAUUCCCUUCUCCCCGUAACGUUAAGGCAGCUCGAAGGAGGUUAGCACAAUCAUUCGGAACUCCUUUUCCUGUAUCAACUUUCCUCUCCCUUGUGGACAUUGACUUAAAACGCCUUUAGUCAAUAUAUAAAUAUAACUCUCUACACAUUUAUGUUGCGUAUCAAACACAAUCAUUCCUGAUCAUAUUUCAGUGGUUUUGGUAAAGAAUUGUUUUCUUAAUUGUGUCUCGUUCUAUUAGACGAAAUACAGAGCAUGCGACUGAAGGGUUCCUAACAAAGUAAGGCAAAGAUAAAAACAAAUCCAGAUGUCCAUACUGAAAUACAUGUUUUCUAUGGUAACUUGAUUUGCUGGUUAGAAUCGCAUAAAUAUUGUAGCCCAUUAGUUUUCAAAUGUUCUCGCCUGAUAUAAAAUUAUCAAAUGCCUAAAGCAUCGAGAUUUAGUGUAAUAAUUGUGUCGUCAUAAUCAAAAUAUAACAGUAGUUAUCAUAUACCUAUGCACCUAUGUUUCUGUUUAUGAGUGUAAGACUUAUAUUCGAUGGGGUUUAUAAAUGUAAAGCGAUUGACAAGUAUAAUAUUUUGUUGUAAGAUAAUGUUGUAAAAUACCUGAUCCAGAAGGUCAAGAUAUUGCAUGAUUACAGGAAAUAGUUCUGUAACUAUAUAACUAAAUCAAGUUGUAUGGUAAAUUCGUUUACAAUUAAUACGACUUUUCAAACAAAACAAGACCAUACAUACUUGAUACUUUACUCAAUCAUGUUAAAUUACACCGAUUUAGCUCAAAUGACAUUUAGUGUCUGUGAGUUACGGUAUUGUAUAAUGUCCGUUCUCUGCGUCCAUCCGUCCGUGUAUUAACUGUCUUUCUAAACAGGUUCUUAUUUAGAACUGAACUACUAAGAGAUAUGAUGAAUGAUCAGAAGCUAUAGAAAGGAUCCUCUGUUGAAAGUGUUCCCCCUGUAAAUGAGGCUGCAGACGUGUUUCAAUAAUCAAACAACAUUCCUGUAAAGAACCGCACGGUUUAGAGUCAUGAUACUUGGAUAGAGUAUGUAGAACAGCAAGGAAUAUAUUCUAUGUUAUGAUAUUUUAUCUAAGCGAUGGUCAGGGUCGAACAUUCAUUAUAAGUGAAAAGCAUUCCAAAUAUUAAUAAAGUUUUAAAUCAAUAAGCUUAGGGGUUUUAUGUACAUCCUCUAUUGUGUAAAAAGUAGUAACGACAAAUUCGAAUUUCCAACCUGUUUCCAUAUCUUGUCUUAGAUGAUAAUUGACAGGUGUUUUCUCAUUUAGGUUAUGGUGGUAAUUUUUAAAUGUCACAUAGGUCAAAAUAUUUCAAUUUCGAACUAUAUUAAAGAGGCCUUAAAUAACGAAUCCUGGGUAUGUAAGUCUAGUAGUAACAAGGGAUAUAAAACAGAAUAUAGUCUACCGCGGAUUGGAUCAUAUAAAUCAUUAACUUGACUUCAAAGUCAUCUAUGAUAGUUUUUUAGAACAGUCCAGGUGAGUGCUACAGGCCAUCUAUGACUCUUGUUAACAUAACUUGAAAAUGAAAUAAAUAUUAUCAGUUUUGCAAUAUAAUUUGAGAUAUGCAUGUAAUGCUUAUUUUAAUCUUACAAUAUGAUAUAUUAUAAAUAUGAUAUAAUAUAAAUUUUUGUAGGUCGCGGUGUAAUUAACUGCAUACUUGCCAGAUUCAGUGUUAACAUACAGUGACUAAAGACCAGAAUAUGGCGAAUUUGUCAGAAACGUUAGAUGUUGAAGUGAGAAGUGGAACAGUUUAUGCUUAUUUUUAUUACUUAAGCAAAAUGCUCAGGUUUUGUGUAUUGUCACAUAAAUAAAUCGGAUAAUCUAGGCUUUUGUACAGUUAUAUAACACGUAUUACUGUGGAAAGGGAAAUCAGCAACCGAGGUGUAGUCGUACCAUCAUAUUGAUAGGAUACAGUGACUGACCUAGAUAAUAUUUUGUAUUGUUUGGUUAACUAUAUAACAAUACUAUGACGAGUGUUUCACUUUCCUAUUCAUUAGUAUAUAUGCAGAAUCAACAUGAGUAAUAUGGUUUUGAAUGUUGGGUUAAGAUAAGGAAAACACAUUUCAUCAUAUCUAGAAACGUAUUUUUUAUGUAUUAGUUUAUUUUUCUUUUCUCAAUCUUGAUAAAACGCAUUGAUGAAUUUAGACGUCUCCAAUUAAAUUGUUUUGUUUUCACAGCUACCAUAGAAAAUAGUUGUUAUUGGUGAAAUAAAAGUGCUCGAUCUAAAUGGAUAUUAAUUAUGAUAAAUUCUCACAAAAAAGUCAAAACAUUUACUAUAAAGAAUUGUGUUGAAGGGGAAAACAUCGGAGAAAUAAACUUAUUUUUAUACAGAAGAAGAUUAUCGUUUCCUGUUUCCAACACUUAUAGUGUUCCUUUUCUCUUGUAUCGUAUGCUAAAACAAAAAUAUGAUUGUUGUACUUUUAAAUAUAAGUGUUUUAAAAACUAACGAAUUUGCAUUAUAUUGUAAAUAUCAAAGGAUGAUGGAAAUCUGUCAAUUUCAUUUUGGUGUUGAUAUGUAAACACCAACUGAAAUGAUUUACGAAAUGCACAUGUAUACCACCUGUUUGUAGUAUUGUAUGUGUGUGCUGACUUUUUAACAAAUACAAUUUUAUAUUGACA